AUGGAGCGGGCUCCCCAGGGUGUGUUCCAGGAGGAGCUGGAGCAGUGCAUUUUGCAACUGGAGACAGAUCUCCACCUCACCCCACGUCCCAAACUAGCAGAAGAGACCCAACACAUUUUCAAGGUCCUGUGCUCCCCUGAGAUUCCUCUGGCAGAGAAGCAACAAGUGAUAAGCAAUGUGUUUGGGGAUUGUCAUCUCAAGAUGGAUGAGGGUCAGAAGAACGUGGAGAAAGGCAUAAACCCUGGUAUUGUGGAAGUACAGCCAAGCAAGGGGCAGGCUGUCGAUGAUGUGGAACAGUCUGACCCAACUCCUGAGGCAAAGCCAGAGUUUUUUACAUCAUCUGGCAGCAACUUCCGAUUUGAUUUUACACUUGUCGAGACUGACCCAGAACCUGACCCCAGUGACAGUGGUGCUGAGCAGGUACAAAACAAUGUCAGAGCCACCAAGCACGAGAACUGGAAUGGAGCCUUGAGGUUUACUGCCUCUGGACAAGAACCCAAGUUUGCUUUCAACUUUGCCAUCCCAGAUGAAGACUGUCCUCAUCUUCAGUUAUUUCCAGUGAGCCAGUAUACAGAGCACACAGCAGAUCCUUCACUGCGUGCUGAAUCAGCAGCUCUGCCACAGGCUGCAGCCUUGCAGAAACCUGAUGUGACUCAAGUGACAGAGAGUGCACCCAAAGAAGAUGGAAGCCAUGUCACUUCAAAGAUCCCCCAGAGAGAGACAGCCCCUGCAGAUGAGGCAGUGACAGAAAAAUCAACAGGAGGUGGAGCUGCCCAGAAGAAGAAAAAGAAGAAACAAAAACCACCUGUCAGUAAAAACAAAACAGAAGAAAGUGAGACCAGCAGGAAGGCAAAGGCAGAAGCUAGCAGCUGUCCAAAUACAGAUACUUCCCAUCAGGAUAAGAAAACCUCUCAGCAGUCAGAUGAGCAGUUGCGGAAAGAGGUGGACUGGUGUGUGACCCAGCUGGAACUCGGCUUGAAGAAGCAGAAACCCACUCCAAGGCAGGCUGAGGAGGCUCUCAGGGCAAUCAGGACACUGCGCAGUGACAAGGCACCACUGGUGAAGAAGCGUCAGCUCAUGAGAGCCAUGUUUGGAGACUACAGGAAGAAGAUGCAGGAGGAGCUGUGCAGAGAUCUGAAGCUUAUGGAAACAGCUGCAAAAUCUGCCAGGAUCGUGGAGUUGAAGGGAAGCAUCCACAAGAAUGGCCAGUUCAUCCGGAAGUGCUUGGGAGCUUGCAGGAAAAGCCAAGUUUCAGCAGAAUCCCCUUCAGAGUCACAAAGGAUACUUAACACAGGCUUAUUCAAUUUCACAACUCCCCAAGAAUUUUGCUUUAAUUUCUUUUAGAAAAGGGACUUUGACUAAAACUGUGCCAGAUCUCCUGUAAACUGAAGAACGAUGGAAAGAUGCUGUGCAGUAGGAAAUGUCAUGCAUGAAUCUGGUCCUCUUCUAGGGUGCCUUAUCUAGAAGUUUAAACCAGAUCUGCCUACUGUGCAUAUGACCCCAAAACGCAGCCUACACAAGUGCUCCUCUGUACUAACACUGGAGAGAGGCACCUUUGAAAGGGUCAGCAGUGUGGAAAGAUCUGCUUUCUUUCCUGUAGAAUUGACAUUAACUGUAGAACCUGUCUUUUAUACCAUGAGGUUUUCCCUUUCUCCUGUUACUUUCAAAUAGACCAGAGCCUUUCUAGCAGCUGAGGCAGCAAUGCAUACAGCAGGCAAUGGUUUGGAAUCAAGAUCCAGCAGUGGAUAGCUGGGUGCUUCCACUCCCUGAGUCUGUGUGAAUGCAGCAUCUGGCAUCCAGCAAACACCAGCAGUACAUCCUUGACAUGGAGGAGCACGAGCUCAGGGUCUUUGGGGGAAGGUGAGUGAGAACCAUUUUUGCUCAUUCAUCUCUUUCACUGACAGGUACAGACCUAGAAUAAAGCUGCACAUCAUGAUUUAGUCCAACCUAGGGAUGUAAGGACAGGAAAAUAAGGACUUUUUUUUUUUUUUUUUUUUUUGCUGAAGCCAGGUUCUGGACAGCUAGGAAAGAUGUACAAUCAACUCUAAAAGUUUACUUUAUAAGUAGCUCAGUUACAAUCACAGUGCCUCAGAGGGAAAUUUAGCUGCAUGCUAGCCUUGGGUGGUGGUAAAAUCAACUCUCAGAGCCCAAAGACUCUCUUCCAUUUGAUAUGUGGAAAGUUUCGGCUUUGUGAAUGUGCAUCUCUAGUCAGUAGUGCUUGAGUCACAGAACCCAUCUUUUAAGUUCAUGUAUAAAAUCUUCCCAUCAAGCCUAGAAAAUUCUGAAGGAAGUGCUAUGAAAGGCUAGUGGUGUCCCUAGGAGCUGUGCUUUCCUCCCUUUUAUAGUCCAGUCAGCCUGUGUGGAAAGUGAGAAAUGGGAGUGUAGGCAGAUUCCAGUAUGUGUUCUUGGAGUGCUGAGAGCAGCUGAGACAUGGUGAAAAGCAUUCGCUGUGAAAGACUAAAAACCUGAUCGUGACUCUAAAAAUUUUAUUUUAUUACUAAGCUCUGAUGCCGGCAGUUGCAUCACAGACUUUUUGUGAGACUUUUUCUUUUAAAUUCAAAGUAUUUUAGAAGAUAUUUUAAAGAAUUCAUGUCUGGGUGUUGGGGGUUGGUUUUCCCUUUUCCCUCUGUGGAAUUUCCCCCGUUGUCAUGCUAAGAUACCUGUUGACUGGGCCCUGGUGGCAAGGGGAAGCCGGGGGCGGGGGGAACCCUGUGAUAUCCAGAAAGCCAGAGGCGGAGACGGAAGGCUCUGGCUCGCCCCAUUUCCCCCCACGGAGUUCAGACGAGAAGGACGAUCACCACCUCAGCUCCAUCCCUGCCAUCCCAUCACUGGGAGCCAUCCUCACUGCUGUGGGACCCUGCCCUGCUCCCUUCUCGCUGUAACCUGCCACCAUCCAGCACUCUGCUGAGCAUCGGGACCCACACCGUGAGCAGAGGGCUCUCUCUCCAUCUCUCUCCCCCUGGGACAGCUCUGCCAUCACCCCCAGCCCUCCUGCGGCUCUGCGGGACCCGCCCGCCCCCAGCACCGGGAACUGCAGCUCAGGGAAAAGGUGCCUGCAGCCAAAAAACACUGGGACUGAGUUACUGUUCUGUUUGUGGGUAAUUUCAUAGCUGUAUUUUUUUGUUAUUGUCUUUGUUAGAUACACUAGUAAAGAACUGUUAUUCCUAUCCCCGUA